ACUCAUCAUGAGAGUGGGCGUGUGUGUAUCCGUCCAUGACCAUGCACCUGCGGCUCCCGCCGUGUGUGUGAGAGCGAGACGGGACGGGCCUAUGAGCUCGAGGGCAUUUAAGUAGCAGCGACCCCCUCCAACCCCGCCCCCCUAGCUAGCUGAGCGAGCCUCCCUCUCUGUCUCUCUCGUCCUCUCGGCGCUAGCUCCAGCCCGUUCUCUCUCUAGCUAGUGUUCCCUCUCUGCUGGGCUCUUUGCUUCCGAGGCGGUUCGGAUGCUGUCCCACGUCGAGAUGGCCCCCGCGGCCGGCGGGUUCAAGCUCUUCGGCAAGGUCAUCACGCAGUGCGCCGAGAGCGCCCCGCCGGUGCCGGCGCAGCAGCAGGAGCCGCCGGCGAGGAGCGCGCGGGAGAGGGACGACCCGGACGAGCGGGACCAGCCGAUGGUCAAGCGGGAGGCGGCGGCGGCGGACCACGACUUCGUCGAGAAGCAGCAGCACUCCGGCGGCGGGGCGACCGAGAGCGGGGAGAGCAAAGGGCAGCAGCAGCACCCGCGCCCGCGGCAGCAGCAGCAGCACCAGGACACCGCGGAGGCGCGCGCGGCCGCGGCGGCCUCGUCGGCGCCGCCGCUGCCGUGCCCGCGCUGCCGGAGCCGGAACACCAAGUUCUGCUACUUCAACAACUACAACGUCAACCAGCCGCGCCACUUCUGCAAGGACUGCCACCGCUACUGGACCGCCGGCGGCGCGCUUCGCAACGUCCCCGUUGGCGCCGGCCGUCGCAAGAACCGGCCCCUCGGCCCCGUCGUCGCCACCGGCGCCGUGCCCGCCCACCUGCACCACCAGCACCGCGCGGCCGCGGCGGUGGCCGCCGCCGCAGCCGCCGCCGGCGCGGGCUUCGUCCUCGGCUUCCCCGGCGGCCAGCACCCUUCCUCCCCGACCUCCCCGUCGCCGGUCUACGCCGACCGGUGGCCGGUCUGCCCCGACCGCCGGUUCUGACGUGACGACGAUCCGCCAUCCGAUCAGCCUCGCGGGCCCCCGGCUGGGUUCGGAUCGGGAGCUAGCUAGGCUGGUUUGACCUGCGUAACUUGCUGCUGAGGUGGGGGAGGGAGGCUCGCUGCCUCCUUGUUGUACGUGCGCGAGUCGCCCUUGCACAAUCACCAAAGGGGUAUGGAUGGAUGGAUGGGAGGAGGACGACAUGGAAAAAAUGGCCUUUUGUUUCUUCUCCCUCUCUCCCCGUGUCUAGCACUCUAGCUCGUCCGUUUCCUUCCCUUGUCUUGUUGUUUCCUAAGCUUUGGAUAGAGCUCGUAGCUAGCCUGCAGACUUUGCAGAUGUGUGUAGCGCAAUGUAAACAGAACCGGCGAGUUGCGAACUCCGCGGAAACGAAAAUCUGUCCGUGCGUGCGUGUGCGUGUCCCCCUGCUGAUGAAUGUGUGAUGCGAUCGGUGAUCCCAUGCUGCCA